AUGUAUGCGAAAUGUGGAAGUAUACAGAAGGCACGCGAGUUGUUUGACAAAAAUCCUCAACGAAGCGUAGUCUCAUGGAAUGCGAUGAUUUCAGGUUAUGCACACUAUGGUGCUUUUGACAAGGCUUUAAGGCUUUUCCAAGAAAUGCCGGAGCGAAGCGUGGUAUCCUGGAAUGCAAUGAUUGUAGGAUAUGCACAAAAGGGUGUUCUCGAUGAGGCUGUAAGGGUUUUCAAUGAAAUGCCUCAACCAAAUGUUAUUUCAUGGACUGCAAUCAUUGCUGGAUAUACACAAAAUGGAUUUGUUGAAAAAGCUUUGGAUUUUUUUCAACAGAUGAAAUUGAAUGGUGUAAAGCCAAACUCAGCAACCUUUGCCAGCAUCCUCCCAGUAUGUGCUAAAAUGGGAGCUUCUGAACUGGGCAUGCAAAUCCAUCAGAAACUAAUGGAAAGCAAUUUAGCAUCAGAUGUUAAAGUUGCAAAUGCCCUGCUAGACAUGUAUCCAAAAUGUGGAAACAUACACAUGGCCGAGAAAUUGUUUGACAAAAUGCCUCAACGAGAUGCCAUCUCAUGGAACUCAAUGAUUGCUGGUUAUUCAUAA